AGAGAGGGUGGGAGAGAGAUCGGGACAAACAGAAAUCGGAGAUGAGAAGAGGAGGGGGAGGGGGGGUGGGGUAGGGGGUGAGUAAAGAAAUAGCUACAAUCCGCGGCGUGAAAUACCGAAUGAAAUUAACCGCCGCCUCUGGACUCUGAGACCUGCCAAGUUCAGGAGAAACGGGCGAGUCGAGGGAAGCAGAAGAAACUGCGGAGGGUACUGUGACAGCUUCGGAAAGGAGAAGGAAAACUCAGAAAUCUGGAGCCAUGAGGAUUUCUUUGCGCACGGCUCUAUCCGGGCCCUGGUGAGACCCGUGGAUGGGAGUUUAUGUACACGACCAAGGCGACGGUAGUUUAUGAAAGCAAGAAGAAUGUGUGCAGCAUCCUGUCUGUGGGCUAACUCUUACUCGUGAGCGACAUUGAAUGGAACAGUUCUGAAUGGAACACGCAUCCAGCAACCUCCCAUCUCAACAAAAGCAGGAUGUGGAAGGGUGGCCCGAUGGGAAGAGAAAGCGGAAGAACAGUCAAUCCUCCAUGAAGUCCACCAGCAUGUCAGGGUACAUUCCCAGUUACCUGGAGAAGGAUGAGCCCUGCGUGGUCUGUGGUGACAAAGCAACCGGAUACCAUUACCGUUGCAUUACAUGCGAAGGCUGUAAGGGCUUCUUCAGGAGGACAAUCCAGAAAAACCUGCACCCUGCCUAUUCCUGCAAGUACGACGGCUGCUGUGUGGUGGACAAGAUCACCAGAAACCAAUGCCAGCUCUGCCGAUUCAAGAAAUGCACCACGGUUGGCAUGGCCAUGGACCUGGUGUUGGAUGAGGGCAAGCGCAUCGCCAAGAGGAAGCUGAUCGAAGAUAACCGGGAGAAGCGGAGGCGAGAGGAGGUGGUGAAGACCAUGCAGACCAGGCCCGAGCCCAACAGCGAGGAAUGGGAGUUGAUCCGGGUAGCCACGGAGGCCCACAUGACAACCAACGCACAAGGCAGCCACUGGAAGCAGAAACGGAAAUUUCUGCCAGAAGACAUUGGUCAGUCUCCCAUGAUGACCACAACGGAAGGAGAUAAAGUCGACCUGGAAGCCUUCAGCCAGUUCACCAGGAUUAUCACCCCAGCCAUUACCAGAGUUGUGGAUUUUGCCAAAAAACUGCCCAUGUUCUCAGAGCUGCCAUGUGAGGACCAGAUCAUCCUUCUGAAGGGCUGCUGUAUGGAGAUAAUGUCUUUGAGAGCUGCUGUCCGAUACGACGCGGAGAGCGAGACGCUGACGCUAAACGGGGAGAUGGCCGUCAAGAGAGAACAGCUGAAGAACGGGGGGCUCGGUGUUGUCUCCGAUGCCAUAUUUGAGCUGGGCAAAUCCUUAUCGGCCUUCAGUCUGGACGACACAGAGGUGGCUCUGCUGCAGGCCGUUUUAUUGAUGUCCUCAGAUCGAACAGGAUUGACCUGUAUAAACCGAAUAGAGAAAUGCCAAGAGGCUUACCUUCUGGCCUUUGAACAUUACAUAAACUCUCGCAAGCACAACAUUCCACAUUUCUGGCCAAAACUGCUGAUGAAAGUUACAGACCUGCGAAUGAUCGGAGCCUGUCACGCCAGCCGCUUCCUCCACAUGAAGGUUGAAUGUCCCACAGAACUCUUCCCUCCCUUGUUCUUGGAGGUAUUUGAAGAUCAGGAAGUGUAGAUUUAAGUUGAAAACUUGGAACCAGGAACAGAAAGAUAAACAAUCACCCGGCUAAUUGCCUGGCUAUUUGUACAUUGCGAAUCACCUUGUCUGUCUCGACUUGUCGGAAACUCAAAAGAACCAUUCCAUUAAUGCGGGUACAGUUGCAAAUAUUUUGUAAGUCAACGGUUAUGUCCUUUUACCCUUGUGCUCCGUCUUACAAAGGAAGGCCAUGCCUACUAGCUGUCCAUUGCUGCUUUACCGCUGAUUUUAUAAACAGCCAUCUCCAAAACAAAAUGGCCAAUAGUCCCAUCUGUGUUCCUCACGCGUUCAGGUCAGUACAUUUCUGGUGGUCUGACGAAGAGUGGAAGGUUGCCUCAUCGUUGUGUGUGCAAGGGAGGAGCCUGGUGGUAUCGCCAGUGUCAACCGUUUCGUUUUAAAUGACGACAAUGAAGAUGGAGGCGAAUGUCAAGGCAUGGAUGUCCCCUGCAUCGUUUCAUCCGACAGCUGGAAUUCCAAUGGUGGAAAGGAGCAUGCAGAGAUAAAAGGCUACAGUGAAAUGUUUACAGCAACGUUUGACAAGCAGAAUCUUUGGCUGCGCUCAAGGGAUGGGAACUUUGCGCGUUCACCUACGAUCCAGAGCCAUUUUCAACAAAGAGAACAGCUCCAACGCAAAGCCUCCCCCCUCGAUGGCCUCCCACACUGCUCCCGCCCCCCCCCUCCUGGUUCCAUCAGCACUGAAGCCUCCUCUUGUCAGGGGGUACCUCCCGUCAGCACGGAGGCCGCCCAUGGAGAGCCAAAGCUGCCAAUUGGGCUUCAUUUCUUGGCAAGGAGCGCAAUCAGGAAGGACCGCAAAAAGGAAGGGAGAGGGAAAGCAGAAAGGUGGCCCGCAAGAUUUCCCCUCCUCAGGAACAUCCACGGAAUGAGGUGGCCGAGAACAUUGAAGUCAAAUGUAUCAGUUAGUAAAUCCUGAAGGAGACAAAACAGGGGUCGAGAUUUGUCCUUGCUCCCCUACGCCAAGAGCUUGGUGCGGUCGUAGUUGCACAGUCUAUUCCAUCUCCAAACUUCAGUCCCGUUGCACCUGAUGGUUGGAUUGGCCUCCUUCUGUGCUGCCAAUGUCUUUGCAAUUAGAUUCCUUGAAUCUCAGCAGACGGAUGGAGUGCACAGGUGCACCGACGCUGUGUAACGACCAAUGACAAAUUUCACCCCUCAAGUGUUAUUUGGGUUUAAUAUGUGCCUACCAGGGAAGGGGUGAGGGAGCUUAGUCCCCCCCACCCUACACUUCAGCGGUUUCCUUGGUGGCCCUUUAGUUAACCCUUUAGUGGCUAUUACCAGGUGACAUUGUUUUUACCACACUCAUUCCUUUUAUACUUCUCUCUUCUCGGAAGACAAACAACCAGACAGAGCACGCCAAGUUCCCCGGCAAGCUUUGAAGGUCAUCUUUGGAAGGCUAAAUGUUAGCGUCGUCACUGCUCAGCGUUUUCUCGCUCGCUUCGAGGCGAGCAAUGUGAAAAGACGGACCUUCAACGCUUGCGCACGGAUCUUGCGUGCGACGUCUGGCCUCAGUACUGAAUUUUACCGUAAUUUACAAAGGCACGACACUAAAGUUGAGCGGCCUAGAGCGCUGGGUUGUCCAAAGUUCCGCCAGUCUCCGUUAGGUGGAGGUGCAUUUUCAUUUGCUUGCCUCGCUGUCGAAAAUGCGGUGCUCUGCAUCCACUAGAUGGAGAAUACCAAGCCCCGGCUCCCGUGCCCGUCUAGUGAUGCUCAUGGCAUCCAGCAGCGAGGUGCUACAAGGCCGAAACCCCAUGUCCCGAAUGAAAGGAUAUUCAGUCUGCGGCCCCCAGUCCAGGAACCUUGUUUUUCUUAUUGCUGCUUUACCGUGCUUGAAUUUUCUGGGUGGCUUGGCAGUUUGGAAAGACUGAUUUUGACAGGCUACAAUUUCCUGUAGGACCACUCCUACAUUGGAACCCCAAAAAAGUGUGGGCUGAGAUCAUGGAUUUAAAACUACCCCCCCCCCCCCCACCCCCUUGUUGACUAAAAUUCGUCAUCUCGGUCAAAACCUCAGUAAUGCAACAAGGGCCUUGUGGUGUCACCUCCGCUGGCGGCCAUUUUGUAGACUGUAGGCCUUGGACAACCCAGUGACAAUGGCUGCCUCACCUCCGCAUGGCCCGAUAGUCACAACUGUGAAUAUCUGGCUCACUCCCAUGAUCGGAGUUUGCUGUCUUGCUAACUCAGGUACAUCACACCCUCCCUUUUCCCCCAUUACAGUCUCCCCCACCAUACCUCAACCCUCCCUCCCCCACCCCCCCAUACCUCAACCCUCCCUCCCCCACCCCCCCAUACCUCAAACCAUACCUCAACCCUCCCCGACAAUCUCAACAACCUCCUCCCUCAGUUUUAUUAUCUCUUAAAUAUCCGCAUUUUACUUGAAUACUUAUCAGUGAAAUAUUUAAACCAGGGACUUACUUUCAGGAUACACUUCAUCACUACAUGUAUAACCGCACAUUACUAAAGAGUUUGAAAGCUCAACCGGUUCCCUCCAGUAACACUGCUGCUAACUAAAGACAGAAUAAGGUCACUCAAGGGUUAACAGUGAGACAUGAAAGUAAAGUGAAGGAUCUACUCAGGUACAAACUGAAUAUAAUUUUUAAAAGUAUAUAUUAAUAGAUAAAUAUUUCAUUUGGAGCUGUAACGAGGUUUUUAGAAUAUGAACCCAUGUUUUAUAUUAAUCACAAUGUGAAUAAGCCCCUUUGUGUAAGAGAGAAAUAUUUGCAUUUGUGUAGCACCUUAUCACAUCUCUGAGUACUUCAGAUGCAGUUAAUUGCUUUGAUGAGACUGCUUUGGCCUGGGGAAAUGGAGCUGUCAUUUUACCCUGGAGAGGAGUUUGCAGUGAACAUUCAGACCAACCUGUGCUGCUGGCUUUCUGGCGGGACGUUAGUCAGGAUGCCAGGGAACCCACUCCUCUUUGUCAAAUAGCUCUGUGGGGGAUCUCGACCUGAUCUUAAAUAAGUGGUUGGGGCUUAUUUAUUUUGGUGGUUUAUCGAAAUAACACCACCUUGGAUAGCGAAAACAGCUUGGGGUCGACAAUUCGUACCUAGGUUCCUGCUUCCUGCACUCCGCUUCCAAAAUUGACGUGGAACUGAACUUCGGAGACAAAGUCCAGCCACUGCCUCUUUGAAAAGUUGGCACAGCAGAUGAAUUCCCUACCCCUCAUCCAACAUAGCAGCAUAGAGCACGAGCACACAUUCAUGGAAUGAAGCUCCUGCCUAUUGCCCCAGUAUUCUAACAAUUCCCCACGUUAAUUUUCAUGGUCUUUUGCAAGUAUUUGAUUUUCAUAGAGGUAUAAAAGUGAAAUAUUUGUGCAGGUUCACUUUUAACACUUUGAGAGCAAAAUAACCAUUUUUAAAAAAAAAUAUGCAGAAAGUAUUUUUGAGUAUUAAAUAUUAAAAGUAUUUACUGUAAUUUUUACCAUUAAAAUUCUAAAUUUCCAAUGGGAAUGUUGCAAAUAUUCUACAAAGCUCUACAAUAUUUGUGGCAUCGAUAAUAGUAACUUAGUAGUCUAGUCCCUUACAGUAGAUUUAAUGAACCAAUAUUAGAGCACAGGGCUUUACAUGUUGGAAAUUGGUACCAUUUAAUUUGAUAAUGCAAUUUCUAAAGCUCUGCGUCAAUUUCCCACAUGUAUAGGUUUCAUUAGUAUCUGAAAAAUCAGUGUUAAAAUUUAAGGUGAGAUCCCUUCACCAAACUCUGAAUUCUAACAUGGAAGAAUGAAGCAUAGAAUUUUUCUCUCCACGGCACCAGCCUACUUUACAAUCCCAGAUUUUACUCAUUUAAUUUCAAGAUUUAGGUCAGGUUUUUAUCUCCAUGUAGCUCUGGGUAGCUCUUUAGUGCUGAAAGGCUGCUGUAAUUUGCUUAGGAGUGGAUGUUUCUGUGCUUAAGACUAGUUUCUGUGCUUGAAUCUCUCCUACCAUAAGUGCUCAACUUGCCCCCGGCCCUUCAGUCACUCUAAUCCCAGCACCUAUGCUUGACUUUCCGUUUUUGUUGCCCCAUCGAAGUUUUCACUUUCUUCUCCCCCAAGCACCUUUAGUUUCUUUUAGUGGUCCGACCCAAAACAUCACCCGUCCUUUUUUCUCCAUAGAUGCUGCCUGGCUUGUUGAGUUACUUCAGCACUUUGUGCCUAUCUUUAGUUUCU